UCACCGUUGGAAGCGGAGUUAGUUGAUAUUCUGCACUUGUCCCGCUCUCGUCGUACCACGCUACCGACGUGAUUUUACGUGACCAAUUCGAAGAGGAAUAACAUGGACUACACACGUAAUUUGGUAAUUUCGAUUUUUCUUGUUCUAUUGUUUAACACUAAUAAAAACGUAUCAGAUGCAUUCAACAUAUAUUUAUUUAUUCAUGAUUUUCUUCAAUAUAACAUAGCAGGAAUACCACUUUUUCACGAGAAAACACAGUGGGAUUUCGAUCCAGAAAUUGGAAAGCAAAGACGAGUUAGAUACGAACAAGAAAAUGGUCAUCAUGGAGAAUUUGCAAUAGCAAAAUUAGGUAUGGGAAUCGGAUACAAAGAAGCAUGGGCAGAACCUGUACAAAAAUUGAUAAAAAACUCCUAAUCUGUAAAAAAUCAAUAAAAAUUAUAUCUUAGUAUAUGUAAAAUUCUUAAAUUGUAAAAAAAAAUAAUUUGUAAAAAAGUAAAUGUAAAAAUGUUUUUAUUAAAUAAAUUAUGUAUUAUAUAUAUGUUAAAUAAUAUUACAUAUAUUUCAUUUUGA